AUGAGCGCUCCCAUUCUUUCCAUCGACACGCAGCAUGAAGACAUGAUUCAUGACGCGCAACUUGAUUACUAUGGUAAACGUCUAGCUACAUGUUCUUCUGAUCGUACGAUUAAAGUCUACGACGUCACUGGAGAUGUGCAGAAUAAUGAGCAGAUUUUAACGGGUCAUGAAGGUCCUGUAUGGCAAGUAUCAUGGGCUCAUCCAAAGUUUGGCGUACUCUUAGCAGCCUGUUCAUACGAUGGAAAGGUGAUUAUCUAUCGUGAGCAGAGCUUGAAUCAGUGGACACAGGCUUAUGUGCAUGCCUUCCACGAGUCCUCAGUUAACAGCAUCGCCUGGGCACCACAUGAGUACGGACUAGUACUAGCUUGUGCAUCAGCUGACGGAACUGUCUCCAUACUUAGUUACUCACCUGAAGGUUGGAGUGUGAGCCACUUUAAGGAUAGUGCAUUGGGUUGCAAUGCUGUGAGCUGGGCACCAUUUCACUCGGUGGGAUCCCAAAGUCCGACGGGAUCUAUUCGCCGUGUAGUUACGGCGUCUUGUGAUAAGACGAUUAAGAUAUGGAGCCUUGCAGAAGGCGAGACGGAGUGGACUAAACAAGAGCUUAGUUCAGUUCCCGCACAUACUGAUUGGGUACGAGAUGUUGCGUGGGCUCCAAGCACAGGACUACCAGUGAAUCUCAUUGCUAGUUGCUCCGAAGAUAAACAUGUGUAUAUCUGGUCGCAAACUGCAGAAGACAGUGCUUGGAAGCGUGAGCUUCUUCACACGUUCGAUGCUCCAGUAUGGCGUGUGAGUUGGUCCGUCACUGGGAAUGUACUUGCUGUCUCAUCCGGUGAUCACAAGGUUACGCUUUGGAAGGAAACACUUGACAAGAAGUGGAUUCAAAUUUCGUCUGUAGAUGAAGCUGGCGCCAUUCAUAAUGGCAAUUAA